AUGAGCCGUUUAUUCCAUAUCAUAGUGCGUCCUAGGAGUGUAUCGAAGCUUAGUCUAAAGGAAUUAGCACAACGUCAAAGUCUUAAGGGCGUGCGUGUAUUAGUACGUGGUGAUUUGAAUGUACCAUUAAAGAAGAAGAAGAAUUCAAUACUAUCUGAUAUUAUAACUAUUACAGAUGAUACACGUAUUCGUGCAAUAUUGCCAACACUUGAAUUGCUUCACAAGGAAGGUGCUCGUACGAUCUUAUGUUCACAUUUAGGACGUCCUAAUGGUGAAGUAAAAGAUGAAAUGCGUCUUACACCUGUUGCUACACGUCUUAGUGAAUUGCUUGGUAUUUCGAUUAUUAAACUGAAUGAUUGUAUUGGUCCUCAAGUAGAGACUAAGAUUGAUGCACUUAAGGACGGGGAGAUUCUAUUGCUUGAAAAUGUACGUUUCUAUAAACACGAGACAAAGAAUGAUCCUACAUUUGCCAAGCAACUCGCACAUGGUGCCGAUAUCUACGUGAACGACGCAUUUGGCACAGCUCAUCGUGCUCACGCUUCGACGGAAGGUGUAACCAAUCAUAUUACGACUAAUGUGGCAGGUUUAUUGAUUGAAAAAGAGCUCAAGUAUCUCUCCAGUGCAGUGGAUAUUCCUGUGCGUCCAUUAGGUGCUAUUAUUGGUGGUGCUAAGGUGUCGACGAAAAUUCCUGUGCUAAAGUCUUUGCUGCAAAAGUGUGACACCAUCAUGAUUGGUGGUGGCAUGAUUUUUACAUUUUACAAAGCUCAAGGUCUACAAGUAGGCAAGUCCGUCAUUGAAGAGGACAAGGUUGAGCUUGCGAAGGAGAUUCUAGACGAAGCCAAGGAGCGCGGUGUGCACAUUGUGCUCCCCACUGACGUCGUGGUGGCUGACAAGUUUGACGCGGAUGCCCAGUCGAAGGUUGUACCCGCUAACGCUAUCCCCGCCGACUGGUUGGGAUUGGACAUUGGCCCGGACUCCCAAACGAUGUUUGCCCAGGAGCUGAAGAAGUGCAAGACCGUUGUGUGGAAUGGCCCCAUGGGCGUUUUUGAGUUUUCUAAGUUUGCUAAGGGUACGAUCAGCGUGGCUGAGGCUCUUGCGACGAGUACGGAUAGCGGCGUCACCACUAUCGUUGGGGGCGGUGACUCUGUGGCUGCGGUUGAGCAAGCCGGUCUUGGUUCUAGGAUGAGCCAUAUUUCUACAGGCGGCGGUGCGAGUUUGGAAAUGCUCGAAGGCAAAUUGCUGCCGGGCGUAGCUGCUCUGAAUGACGCGUAA